AUUAUUGCAUUAUGCUUUUUUGGUACCGUUACUUUAUAAAAACUUACAACUUGAGAAAAUUGAACACUGAGAUCGUGCUUAUCAAUGACGAAUGCGGUUUUAUGGGCGUCCUCGAGGUGGAGUUGGAGAACGUGAAGGUUCCGGCAGAGAAUACCACACUGCGGGCACCUCUCUUCUUGCUUAGCCGAUCUACUCUCACCACCUCCGCCCUCAGUACUCGCCCCACCGUUACUGACUUCAGCUAGUUCCACACUGGAUUCGUCUCCGCUGCACCCUAUUAAACA